CUAUCAUGAAAAAAAAAAAUCUGCAAUCAAAAUAACUUGCUCGCUCUAUAAAUCAUUAACACCUCGCUUCCUCUUCCUCCUCUGUACACCAUAUUAAACAGAUGACCUUGCUUCGGGCUUGACCAACCAGAUGCAUUUACAAUUGGAUAGCACCAUCCUUUGGAAAAUCCUUUGGAAAACCACAGUCUAUUAUCUCAGCCUCCCUGGAACCAGCAGCCGCCGCUGCCGGCAACAACAUCCGUGCUACAACACUUUUUUGUGUGAAGAUACCCCACUUCUUCGAAUUCUCUCUUGGCUACUGGGAUUACGGACCUGAGGUGGGAUUUUUUCCUUGACCCUUGGUUUUUUUCCGGCCUGGGCUUGUUUGACUCGACCCUCGCCCAACACAUGACCUAAUCCCUGUACCUGGAGCGCCUGCUGCCUGGUCUGCAUUUCGGCUUUAUUUUUGCCUUGUUUCUUGUCAUUCAUACGGAGUUUGUGGAGAUACGGGGAAGGGGAUAUACAAAAGUAUUACUACUACUAGAUGGGAAGCGACACACGUAUAAUGUCGGAAUGUCGGAACGGUUUUUUUGCCUUUUAACGUUCCCUUUAUUUUUUUUUAUUUUUUUUUUUGUUUGGGAUACAUGACCGGAGGGUGUUUUUCAUGACAUAUUUUUAUUUGUAAACAGGCAGUUAGGUGCCUGGGGCUGGGUGUGUAUAAGUGCCGAAUGAUAUCGGCUCCAAUAUGAAAUAUUCUACAUGAUUUUUUUUUCUCAUUUUGGUGAAUGUUGUGAUUUAACGUUGCAGACAGAGAUUCCUACUCGCCAUGUAGCUGCACCUGGUGCUAGAUUAUAAAUUUUGCCAUUUCCAGCCAACCUGAACUCUAACUUGCGGAUAUUUGCUCAAGAAGAGAGAAUGAGGUCUUUUGUCUUGAUCCAUGCAAUGAUUUUCUAUACAUCGAUUCUCACCCAUCUGCCACAUACACCAAAUGACACAAUGCUAAAGGAUAUCGACAAAUACUGCUUCCUUGGCUGCUUGAUUGAGAUUGGCGGACCAGUCAUUUGGCAGAUAAUGGACUGGGAUCGACGCCGGAUGAUGUCCCUCGUCACAGAUGCAGAGUAUCAAGAAGACCCAGCCCAAGUUGUUGCGCAUUUCAAAAAGCACAUCAAAACUCUCCCGCUCGACACCUAUAAGAUCCACAUGUCUGAGAGCGGUGACCUACUUCGAGUUUCUACGGAUCCAAAAGACGAUCCGUGGAUCGUUAUCUGGCGGUUUGAGAUGGAGCAUCUCCAGCUUGAGAAGCCGUUGAGUGGUGUGGAAACUGUAAUCCGAACUGAGCUGUAUGAAUUGUCUCGCAUGGCCUGGGGCGUUGAUCUUGUUUCAUACGGCACUGGAGAAGAAGCAAAAAGAGUCGUCUUCAAGUAUGCGCUCAUCGUUCAAGAUUCUUGGCGGUUUUGGACAGAGUUGAAUGUUUGGAUACGGCUUUCCCACCAUCCGAAUAUUGUUCCUAUUGAUAAAAUUGUGGUCGACGAGAUACGCGGUCAGAUUGUUGGCUUUACAACGCCUUAUAUACCUGGUGGCUCGCUGGAAGAUGAUGCGUCACGAGGAUUCAAACUCAAGUGGCUCAAGCAGCUCAUUCAGGCCGUGGAUGAUUUAAAUCUGAGAUAUGGAGUCAUUCAUGACAAUAUUAUUCCCCGACAUCUUCUUAUCGAUCCCGACACAGAUAACUUGCUACUAAUAAACUUCAACUUCGCCCGCCAAAUAGCUGGUCCUGUUUAUCUACUUGUUUUCGACAUCUCGGGACAAGAAAUGGCACUGGUCAUAUUGACUGUUUACAGCAUAAUUACUGGCGACAAAAGCUUACAAAAUACCCAUUAUACAGAGAAAAUAUCCAAAGCUGCUGCUGUUACGGAGCUUGAGGAAUGGGUGCCAGCUCCGGGCAUGAUGCUCGAUCACCCAGUGUCAGCUUAUCGGUCAGUCCUUGAGGAGUGGACGAGGCAAAGGCGGGCCGUUCAUAUUGAAGCCCGUGAAUGCAUCGAUUGGCCAGAGUUUCCGGAGCGAGAGGCGGGGAGAGCGGUGAUUGAAUGGGAACGGCCGCCGGGAGAUGCGUUGCAAGAUGAAGCUGGGCUGGUUGACGAUGAUGGAUAUGUGCAUGUAGAGCGGCGUUGA